AUGAAUGGGGCCGCCCUAUCUGCCUACAGUGUGGACAUGUUCGGCGUUAGUGCCCACAAAGGAACAAGGGCAGCAGGAGUUUUAGUGACCCCUACAGCUGAGGGCCAAGCAGUGGGGGCAGUGAUUUUGACCCAGGAGCACACAACCCUGAGAACCUCCCAGGACUACACUCCAUCUGAGCCCGGGACGCCACCUUCCGGACCAUUAUCUCUCCGGCUGAAAGGAGAUGUGAAGAGAGUGAAUCCGGACGGUUCGGAUUGGAGGCCAAGCAAGCUUACAGUCCUUUGUAGCGAACACUUCUUAAGUGGGAGACCCAGUACCGAUCCUACGCAUCCUGACUUCAUUCCCUCCAUCUUCAAGCACAUCAAAACUGACUCCAAAUCAUCAGAGUCCAAGCUCCGGAGAUUUGCUGCUGCCUCAAAGAGAAAACUUCACGUCCCUUCACAAACUCCACCCAAGAAGAGGCCCGAGUCUAACGAACGCUUCAACCUUGAAGAGGAGGGCAGCCACGUGGGAGCAGGAUUCCCCAAGUGCAGUGACCAGCUGUCACUUUCCCCUCUGCUGUCAAGGCAACCCAUGGUUUAUGAGGCUGGUCGUUGA